AUGAUAGCGAAUAUGAUAACAAUAUUAGUUUCUUCCCUAUCAUUAACAUUCAUAGGUUUAUUAUACUCAGAAAUAGUUACCUAUAAAUAAUAAAAGGAUGUUGAAAUAUUUAUUGGUUUCUUGAAUAAGUUUAUAUCAUAAAAUUAUUAUAAUCAUCCUUCGAUUUAAAGAUAAGUAACUAAUUAUUUCUAAAUAGUUCAAUUCACUUCUUGUGUAACCUUAUAAUGAAUAUUGCAUAAAAUCCGAUACAUACAAAUAUUAUCAUCCUGAUUCUAUAAUGAAUGAUACUUAUACAUUUAGAGAAUCAAUGGGUCUUGUAAAGUAGGCACUUCAACAACACUUUUUUGAUGUAUUGCCUAAUGUCACACUUUUCAAAAGGAACAAACGAAGUAAGUGAAAUAUAUUUUUAGUACCUCACUAAUAUUAACUCCCUUAUUAAUUAACCCUGCCAUAUACUUAUUAUGAUUAAUUACUCUUUAACUUUAAAGUAGGAUAAAGUAUAUUAUUUCGUUAUUCAGAAUAGGUUCAUUGUGUCUUUUCUAAAAUUAUAAUCACUUACCUUAAAGAUCCUCUUUAUCACACAAAGAUCAAUUGAUGACAAAUCAGUUGAACUAUUUAAAUGAUAUCAGAAAUAAAGGCCUUGAUGAGGAUUGCAUAGUAAGAAAAUUCUAAUUACUUAGACCAAUGCUACCUUUUUGCCUAAAACCUAUAGACUAUUUGAGGAAUCUGAGUGCAAGGAGUUUUUCUCUCAUUUGAAUUCAUUAGAGUAUCAAGAGAAGGUGAACAAAGAAGGUCCUUAAUUUAUAGUGAAGAUGGGAUUGGAAGUUCAUAGAGGAAGAGGCAUAACUAUGUUAUUUCCAUAAGAAACUGAAGAGUUGAAAAAUAGAUUUUAGAAUGGUGAAAUUUGUGGUCAAAUAAAAACAUACAAAGUAGCUUAAUAAUAUAUUGGAAAUCCAUUAUUAUAUAAGGGACAUAAGAUAGAAUUUAGAGUAUAUUGGAUUAUAGCAUCAACAAAUCCAUUAAUUGCUUAUGCUUAUGAUAAAACACUUAUUCGAAGAUGUAUUCAUCCAUAUGAUAAAUUCUCAACUCUGAAAGAGGCUCAUGUUUGUAAUACAGCUAUUGUUAAGAAAACUUUGGCAAAAAUUUUAAAUGAAUAAUAAGAGAUAGAUGAAAAUGAUGAUGAUGAUAUUGAUGAAGUAAGUAGUUUGGAUAAUAAUACAAAUAUUGAUAGUAAAAAUAAUAAUAUUAUUGAUCCUAAAAAUAGGAAUAAUAAUUUAAAUUCAGAUUAAACUAAUGUCUAAGAUUUAUAUAUAGAUUGGAAACUUGAUUAUUUAUAAGAUUUAUUGUUGAAGAGUGGUAAAAUAAAGAAUAAGAAAUGGUUAAAAUAAGAAUUACUUCCUUAGGUUGAUAGAAUGAUUAUUCAUGCAAUAAGAAGUGCUUAGCAUACAUUUUCAAGAGAUAGCAAAUUAGGAGAAUUCUUCGCUGCUGAUUUUCUUCUAUCAGAUGAUCUUUAGCUUUACUUAAUGGAAAUCAAUUUUAAUCCAUAGACUCUGAAAACUACUGAGGAAAGAGUUAUAUAACAUACAAAAAUGGUAUAGGAUAUGGUGGAAAUAUCUAAUGCAUAUUUAAGAAGUAGAUAUAUAAGAUUUCGAAAGAUUAUUGAUAGAGUAAUGGAUAAAUUAAAAAAUGGGAAAUAAAAAUUAUAGGAAAUUAUAAAUCCAAAAAUUGGUUAGGAGAUUCAUAAGGCUUAUUAUAGUAGAUUAGAACCUAAGAUGAAGAUAAGUUAAAAGAAUCUUUUUAGAUUGAUAAUGGAUGAUGGUUUAGUAGGAACAUCAAAAUAUAAAGAACUUUUAUAAGAGAAAUGUAUGAAAUGAUAUUUGAUUGGAUUGUAUUUAUAUUUUAAAUUAGAA